AUGUGUAGUAUCAAUAUUUCCCUUUUGAUAUUAGCAGCAGCCGGGAUUUCGGUAAUGGCAACAGCCGGUACAACCGCUGCUUCUUCACGUUUUGACUACGCCGAUGCCUUGUCCAAGAGCAUCUUGUUCUUUGAGGGGCAGAGGUCUGGAAGAUUACCACCUUCCCAACGUAUGACUUGGAGGAAAAGUUCUGCCCUACGUGAUGGCUUUGAUGUUCAUAGGGAUCUGGUAGGGGGAUAUUAUGACGCGGGUGACAACGUGAAGUUCAACUUUCCUAUGGCCUUCACAACAACAAUGCUGUCGUGGAGCGUUAUCGAGUUCGGGCAAUUAAUGGGGCCGGAGCUUCAACAUGCUCUGGAAGCCAUAAGAUGGGGGACUGAUUAUUUGCUUAAAGCCACCAGAGUUCCUGAUUCUGUUGUUGGUGCAGUUGGUGACCCAAAUGCCGAUCACAAUUGUUGGCAAAGGCCAGAAGACAUGGACACCCCUCGAACCUCUUAUGUAGUCAAUAAACAAAAGCCCGGUUCAGAAGUUUCGGCUGAAAUUGCAGCUGCACUUGCAGCUUCUUCCAUGGUGUUUAGACACUCAGACAGGGCAUACGCCGCUUUACUUCUAAGAAGAGCUAUGCAGGUGUUUGAAUUUGCAGACAAGUACAGGGGAUCUUACAAUGAUAGUAUUGCGGCAGGAGUCUGCCCUUUCUAUUGUGAUUUCAACGGAUACAUGGAUGAAUUGAUUUGGGGAGCUUCAUGGUUAUACAAGGCAACUAAGGCCCCUAGUUAUUGGAACUACGUCAAAAACAACAUAAACUAUUUGGACAUCACUGAAUUUGGAUGGGAUGCAAAGCAUGCCGGUAUUAACAUACUUGUUUCUCAAUGGGUAAUGAAAGAUCCCCACAAUUCUAAUCCCUUCGUUCCCAAAGCCGAUCAAUUCAUAUGCUCCAUUUUGCCUGAAUCACCUGCCCCCAAAUCGGUCUCAUACUCACGAGGUGGGCUGUUGUUUAAACCUGGAGGAAGUAACUUGCAACAUGCAACGUCCAUAUCAUUUCUUCUUCUAGUUUAUGGUCGCUACAUGAAACUUGCCAACAAGGUUGUCGAUUGUGGCAACAAUGUUCAUGUCACUCCAGCUAGGAUAGUGAGUUUCACCAGAGGACAGGUUGAUUAUAUACUAGGAAGCAACCCAUUGGGCAUGUCAUACAUGGUGGGAUUUGGGCAAAAGUUUCCUAAGAACGUACAUCAUCGUGGUUCCGUGUUGCCCAGCGUGGCUAAGCACCCACAGCACAUCGACUGCCACGUGGGAUACUCCUACUUCAACGGCCACGAUCCUAACCAGAACGUGCUCACUGGCGCUAUCGUGGGAGGGCCUGCUGAGGAUGAUACCUUCAAAGACUCUCGAUUUGAUGCUCCCCAAUCAGAGCCGACCACGUACAUCAAUGCUCCUUUUGUUGGUGUAUUGGCUUUCUUCAAACCUCUACAUCACUAA